AUGUCAGGCCUUCUUCCCCAUCCUACGGGAGCCCGUGAUGGUGGAGAGACAAGCAGCUCUAAUGUUAAACCCUCAGAGAAUGGUGCUGGUUCACCGCUCAAACCUAGAAAAUCCUCAGACCGGAGGAUAGUUUUUGGAACACCAACCUCGCAGCUUUCCAGCACUACAGAUUUACCCAGCCAGGCCAAACCAGACGAAAGCAGGCCCAAUGUCGGUGCUUAUUUGGGCAUGACACCUGUGAGGGAUUCUGUUGGAAACUUGCUACAACAGCAGCAAAACCGUGAGGAGGGUACUCGCUUUUCUGAAGAUGUUCAACGUUAUCCGCCGCCGGGCCACGAAAGUGCUCAGCCGGACGAGAGAGAUAGAGAGGGGGAAGGGAGGACAAGGCAUCGAUGGAAUUCUGCUCGAUCCAAGUUUGGGAAUGUGUUGGAAGCUUUAUCCAGAGAUAACCUCAAUAUGUCCUCACAUCAGGGCACAGGUCAUCAUUCUCCAGCUCCUCCGCACCCGACUGCUGCCACAUCUUUGGCAAGCACAGCUCCACCACACGUCCCGGAAACAUCCUCUGGGAGCACAGCCAAACACUCCAGCCCGUCGAGAUUCUCGAGCAAAUUGGCAUCAUGGAGACACCAUCACCGGAAAGGACGAGGUAGAGAAUCGUUGGAAGAGGAACAUGAAGGGAUCGAGUUUACAGCAGCAGCUGAACAGCUUAGAUCGUCUUCCUCACCUCCUACCCAGAGAUUUAGGACUCGAGUCAAUCGAUUUUUACGGUCUGGAAAACAUCACGCAAGCUCAACGGCAUCACCUGCUUCGAGUGCUGCUGCUGCUGCAGGCUCCGAGCCUGGACACCCAGAAUCACUAUCCACCCGCACUCCCGCUCAUACGCCCCCGUAUGUUUCCUCAGGACAGUCGUCUACAGCUCGUGGCUCCAGCCAUGGAUCCGGGUUUAGGGAAGCUGUGCGAAGAGGGGUCGCUUCCGCACGGACCAUUGAAACCGAACCCCCGGAAAGACCACAAACAGUCCCGCUAGAAAGACGUGACGAGAGCAAGGGGGCUUGGAUUAGUCCUGGCGGAUCUGAGUUUGCACUCAAUAGCAAACCAGGACGCGAUUUCCUUCCAUCCGAGGCAACGAAUGUGGAGCCCAACUAUGCCGCCCCACCAAAGGUCACCGAAAAUUCCACUCCGGAUGGGUGGCGAGAGAGAGAUUUUGAACAGGUUUCCAUGAUACAGUCCCCUCCCCCUUUGUCCCCCCCAGGAAUGGAAGAGUCGCCGCCGAUCUCUCCGUGGAUAAAGGCAUCAGAUGGAACAAAGGAAUGGUUGAAGUUGACUUCAGAGGAAACUCCCUUCUUUCUACCGGAGAUCGAUCCAAUAGCCCCGCUUUCAGUUGGAGGAAUGGUGAAUCGGGAGUAUUCUAUGACCCCGAAACGCUCCAGUGGUGGGCAGAAUCUCUCGGACAUCUACUGGGCGGUAGAGCAGGGCUCGGGUUCGAACAGAGUUGACGAAGGGCAGGCUAUCGACAAAGGAAAAGGAAAGGCUGUGAUGAGCGAUACUGACCGCCUUGAGCUCCCGGGGAAUAGUCGUUUUUAUGUGGACACUAGUGGAAAGUCGAUAGAGGUUCUGGAAGAGGAGAAGAGAAGAAAAAGCAGGGAUACUGGCAUCAUGGGUCUUGACCCGGAAGUGAAUCACCGAAGUGAUGCCCCCUCAGGCUCGGGCUCUAGAGUGGAAGAUGAAGACGUGUGCCCGACAGAGCCAUCACCAUCAUCUAACGAGCCGGACGCGAGUCCCUGCACAGCUUCGUCGAGCUCAACAGAACAGCCAUCCGGCUCAACGCCAACAUUUCCACGCCUAGCCUCGACACACAUGCAGGCGGCCACCACCACCACCGCCUCCACCGCCACAACAACACGCACUACGACCGCCAGCAGCACGAACCCUUCCGCUUCUUCUUCUGUCUCCCCUCCUAAUAUUUCUCCCUGCCAGUAUCAGAUGUUAUUGAGCUCGAAGAGACCUUAUCUAUUUGUGUUGCAGGAACUUUCUUCAGGAACAUAUGUUAAGAUUACGCCGCAAAGUAGUUCAAGCCCUGUUUCCAGGAGCAUGAGCACUGUGUCUCGGAGUUAUCCUGAGACACCGGCGGCGAGUCAGACGAGUCCUGGACCUGCAAGGAGUCCGGUCAGUGUGAGGUUUCUCAAUACCAAUGGACUUUUGGCUUGCAAUGCGGAUGAAAACGACGAGGAUAGCGAUGACGAAGGAGUUCUGAGCGAAGGGAGGGGGGGAAUUAAAAAAUAA